AUGGCCAGUCCUGCCAAUAGAAUCCUAGGCCGGGUUCUGGAUGUGUUCAAGAGUCUUAUGGACAUAAAGUGUCCCUUCCUUGAAGGUCUUUAUAUCACCGAACUGAAAACAAUGAAACAGCUGCUAUGUAGCCCUUCAAUUUACCGUUUGACUAUUCUGGAAUGGUUGUUUGGAAGACUGUAUCCUCCCUUUGAAGAGUUAUUUGCUACUUUUCAGGACCCUCAAGCUGAAGAGAAAAUAUUAGAGCUGAUGAGAAUAGGUCAUGAACUGAUGUUGUGUGGACCAAAUGACCAGAAUCUCAUCAAAGGUUAUGGCAAUGUGAAAAGGCAGCUCUAUUUCUUUAAACAGUUACUGGAUCUCGUCAGAAGUCUGGGUCCUGGAUGUGCCAACUUCUCGAGUGUAGAGAAUUUCAACAAUUUAAUGAAGGAAAAUGAGAAGCUGCUACAGAAGUUGUUCAGUUCACGUCUCCAGGAGAUUCUAGACCCCAAACUGAGCCCUUUGCCACUGGACAUUGAGUGCCACUUGAAGACAAAAGAAAAUCUGAAGUCAAGGGAGAGCAAGGUGAAAAAACUUUCUAAGAAACUGAAUGAGCUCACUGAAAUACUUGAGGAGCUCAGAGAGUUUUCAGCCCUCCAAGGGAAAAUGUCCAGCAAAGGCAGCAGCAGGAUGGGCCAGGCUUUCCAUCUGACACUGACUCUCUCAGAUUUCCAUCAGCUGAUCACUGCCUUUAUCCAUAUCUUUGAAACUGAAUGGAGGAAAUAUAGUAAGUCCUCAGCACCUAACAUCAACCAGUGUGGCCUGUUAUUUCAGUCUGUGUGUGAGACUCUGACUCUCUACAGCCACGAGCUGAAAGCCAUCGGAGAAGUCAUUAAUACCUCUAAGAUGCUAGAGGAAAUAGUAGGACAGCAACUAGAGGAAGUCUAUUUGGGUAGUAAUGACUACAUGAUGACUUUGGCCUCAAAAAUGGAAGAACUGAGACAAAAACACAAGCUCUUCAAAGAACCUCCACAGAAACCCAAUGAAAAUAGGUCUGGAGUUCCUGGUCAGCAGAGGUUCCCUCGACUUUCUCCAGCUCAGAUGCCCAACACCCUCACUGCACCUGGUUGUAAAAGUUCCUGUGGCUGGGGCAGAGGCAGCCUCCCAAAUCACGGCAUCGGCCGGAAUAGAAGGGCGACCGCGGCUCUGGCCCUCUCGGUCCGGCUGAGCGAGCCGAGCCGGGCAUGGUUUAGGGGUGGGCCCGGGGAGCUUCGGAGAAGGAGCGUCGCCCUGAGGGGAGGACACCGGGAGUCCGGUUGCUAUUAG